UCAAAGUCACAUGACUUAUUUUUACACAUCAACAACAACAUUCAUGAUCAUGAACAAAUUACUAGUAAAACUUAUGUGACAGCAUGGAGCUUACCGUUUUAAAAGUUGUCAUUAUUUUUGGACUGUUUAUUGCCACACUACUUUUGGGAUUUUUUCCAAUAAAACUUGUUGCACACAUCAAAAAGAGAAAUGCCAGUAGAAUCCGAUACCGACGUGCGAUAAGUAUUUUGAGUUGUUAUGCGGCAGGUGUAUUUCUAGGAACAUGUUUACUUGAUUUACUACCGAGUGUCCGGAGGGAUCUAGAGACAAUACUCAGAAAAAUGCAUCUUCUAUCUGGAUUUCCUGUAUCCGAAUUCGUAAUGGUAUUUGGGUUGUUCUUAAUUCUAGUUGUUGAACAAAUCAUUCUUUCUUGGAAAGAAAAUCAGCAAAAUCCGUCAUUUCCAACAACUGGUAAGGACAAAAGUCGAAAAUCAUUGCUAUCUGAUACAGAUGACAGAGAUUUUAUGAGCUCUACAAGAUCCGAUCUAAGUGAACAUUCAAUUGGUGGAAUUAGCGAUGAACCUUAUGGACAAAAGCAGCUGUCAACUUGUUCUAAUGUACAUGUAUCAGGGGACGUUUACAGUGACACUGAACAGGAACCACUCUAUUCAAAAGAAAAACACGAAAAGGGGAAUGAAAACGAAUUUGAACAUAACCAUUCUACUCUACGUUCUAUUUUAUUGCUAAUAGCCUUAUCUUUACACUCCGUUUUCGAAGGACUAGCAGUUGGAUUGCAAAGAAAAUCUGCUCAAGUCAUUGGAGUAUUUGCUGGACUAUUUCUACACAAGAUGGUGCUCAGUUUCAGUCUGGGUAUGAGCUUGGUUCAAAGCAAACUAUCAUAUAAAUCGAUGUUGCAAUCUGUUACAAUAUUUUCUUUGUCUUCACCAUUUGGUAUAGGUCUUGGUUUACUGAUCAUAGACUUAUGGGAUUCAAGGAUAUCUGUACUAAUACAAGGGUUGUUGCAAGGGAUUGCAUGUGGUACUUUUCUGUAUGUGACAUUUUUUGAAAUUUUGCCACAUGAACUGAACUCUAGUGAUAUUAGACUAAUCAAGGUUGUAUUUUUAAUUCUUGGAUUCAGCACAGUGACUGCAGUUGUUUUUAUUAAUGAAAAGUCGUGAAAAAAUUCAUGUAAAUAUAAACAGUAAAUAUAUUACAUUUUAUUUUAGCUGAGACUACUAUAACACAGUGUUAUAGAAGUCUCAGAUUUUCAGCAUUAUUAAUUAGUAUUUAUAUUUUUAUUGUCAAUUAAAAAUACAUGUACUUACUUUGUGAAAACCCCCAAAAUCAAGCAUAAUAUAUAUUGGUAGUUUUUGGGGAUAAAGAUUGCAUGAAAUGCAACACAAACUCUCUUGUUAUUGGCUUGAUAUACAUUUAAUAUAUUAAACUUGCUUUGAAAUGUUUGACAGUUAAAACAAAAUAGUACAGCCACUUAAAAAUCUUAUAAUGGACUUAUCCAGUUUAAAACAGUGACAUGUUCAUAUCAAUCAUAUGGUAAAAAAGUUGAUUUAGAACUGUUAAAGUCAGAAUGUUGCUCCCAUAGACUCAAAUGUAAAAAAUGCUAAAAAAAAUCCCUACCUUCAAAUGUACCUACAUGUACCUGUACCUUAACUUUUUUUUUCAUAGAUUAAACUGGAACCACACAUACUAUUUUAUUUUGCCUCAGUGUCAAGUUAACUAAUUGAUUGAUUGAUUGAAUAUGUUUAAUGGUGCAUUCUAUACUACAUUGUAUUAGCUGUAUUGUGAUAGCCAGAUUUUAUUUUGGUGGAGGAAGCCAGAGUCCUCGGAUAAGACCACUAAACUUAAGGCACUUUCUUUUAUCAUGUUUUUGAGAAUAUGAUAUGAUACAUUGAUUUCAAAACACCUAAUUGUUAUGUCUUAAAAAAAAUAUCGUAGUAAGAUAUUUUAUAAUUGCGGAGGAGAACACAUUUAAGGAGGUGAUUGAAUACAGAUACAUGUAUGUCAGAGUUCAUCAAAACGAUGUUUUGAAAAAAAACAAACUUCGUGAUUCAAUAGACAAACAUGUAGUUUCAAGUUUGAGCGAUUGUACCAUUGUACACUGUGGAUAAUUAUAACACUUAAGAAUGAUGACACAUACAUUUACAUUGUAUAAUAUGAUAAACAUAUAUGUAGGUACAUGUACAUUUUUAAAUAGAAAUAGUUUGCAUGGUACAGAAUCUCCAUUUAAAAAUAAAUGCAACACAAAAGGGGAAGAGGUCAUACACUUAUGCCUGUGACCUCAAUUACUCAUUAUACAUA